CACAGGACACCGAGUGGAUCACACACACUCAUAACACACACACACUUUGACACACACCGGUGGAGUAUCAGCGCUCGGAUCGGGACGGACAUAAGGGGAGAACUGCACCUGUCCUACACACACACACACACGCACACACGCGCGCACAGAAUAUCUGACCGGUCGUCCCUAUGUGUGGAUGGGACCAAAGUUACACGGCGACCUCUCAUAGCUCGGCCAUGUUGACCAGUGAGGGGGCGCACACCAUGGAGCAGGAAGAAGCACACCACGGAGCCAAGAUGGCUGCCACAGCGACCACCAACACCACCGCCGCCAGCUCCGGCUCAGAGACGAUGGCCGACACAGACGUGGACAUGGAGAUGGAGACGGAGAUGGACGACGCAGACAUGACCCGGUGGACGGAGGCCGAGUUUGAGGGGAAGUGCACGUACAUGGUCAAGGAUACGGACGGCGACGCCAUGACGACGACGAGAGCGGAGGCCUCGCUGCCCCGAAACCUCGCCUUCAAACACCCGGCCGACAGCAAGGAGGUUGUCGGUGUGUGCAGCAGGGAGUACAUCCCCAAAGGAACUCGCUUCGGACCCCUGGUGGGCGAGAUAUACACGGCCGACAGCGUGCCCAAAGACGCCAACCGGAAGUACUUUUGGAGGAUCUACGAGGACCAGGAGUUCCACCACUUCGUGGACGGGCUGGACGAGAGCCGCUCUAACUGGAUGCGCUACGUGAACCCGGCCCACUCAGCGGCGGAGCAGAACAUCGCCGCCUGUCAGAACGGGAUGGAGAUCUACUUCUACACCGUGAAGCCCGUCCCCCCCGGCACCGAGCUGCUCGUCUGGUACUGCCACGACUUCGCCCGGCGCCUCCACUACCCGCCGUCCGGGGAGCUGAUGAUGCAGAAACUAAAGCAGUCCCUCCUGGAGGUGAAGCAGCAGCAGGUGAGCAGUGAGGAGCGCUUGGUCGACGCCUCCAGCCCGUCCCCCGCGGCAGUAACCCCCGCCCAACCCAAGAGGGAACACAGCGUGCUCUCCAUCCUCCGAGGCACCAACUGCACAUCCUCUUCCUCCUCUUCUUCCUCGCCGAUCAAAAGGGAGCCGAGCCGGCCUCUUCCCACCCGCCCGCGCUGCGCCGACAGCCCCGAGCGCCCCCUGUACCCUCGAGCUCUCUACCCGGGUCUCAGGCCCCACCCUCACAUCCCCGAAGAUUUCCUCGGACACAAACACGGUUACCCCGCUACCCGGUCGCCAGGAAAUCAGUCCUCGGCGACGCCCAGCCCGUCGGCGAGGAGCAGCCCAGACAGCAGUCCUCAGGGAAGCCCCUCGGGUCCGGCAACAGGGUCUUUCUACCCCACUGGACUCAGUUCUUACCCCGGUUACUCCCCACCACCAACCCCUUUAUCUUCAUCCUUCUACCCUCCAGGAGCCUCGUACUCACGCUACCUCCUUCCCCAUCACUACCCUCUUCCAGGCGGAGGCGUCCCUACCGUUGGAGGUAUCUUCCCCAGGAUGUACCCCCUCUACAUGCCCCCUCACGUGCCCCUCCUGCCCGCCGACGCAGCAGGAAGGCGCUUCUUGAUGCCCGAUCGUGUCCACCCGUCCUCCAUGUCGGCCCACAGGGAGUUCCUCCUCCCCAGGCCCAGCAGUGCCUUCUCAGCUGCCGCCUAUCUGAAGGACAAACGGGGGCUUCACCACCAUUAUCACGGACACCCACAUGGACCCGCCUCCUCCAGAGGCUCCCCGACAGCGGGCACAUCCCCUCCCAGCGAGCGGCUGCCCACCAAGCCUACCUCUGCCAUGCUGUGCAACUCGAGCGAUGACGAGGAGGCCAUGAACCUGUCCAAAAUGAAGCGUGGCCCCGGGUCGGCGGGAUACAAGGCGCUGCCGUACCCACUGAAGAAGCAGAACGGGAAAAUCAAGUACGAGUGCAACGUGUGCAGCAAGACCUUCGGACAACUGUCGAACCUCAAGGUUCAUCUUCGUGUCCACAGUGGCGAGAGACCCUUCAAAUGUCAGACCUGCAACAAAGGCUUCACCCAGCUGGCUCACCUGCAGAAACACUUCCUCGUCCACACCGGGGAGAAGCCACACGAAUGCCAGGUUUGUCACAAGCGCUUCAGCAGCACCAGCAACCUGAAGACUCACCUGCGUCUGCACUCGGGGGAGAAGCCGUACCACUGCAAGCUCUGCCCGGCAAAGUUCACCCAGUUCGUCCACCUCAAGCUGCACAAGCGCCUGCACUCCCGCGAGCGCCCGCACAAAUGCUCCCACUGCCAACGCCACUACAUCCACCUGUGCAGUCUGAGGCUUCACCUGAAGGGCUACUGCCCCACGGCGUCCAAUCAGGGCGACCCGGAGGAGGUACAGCGCGCCAACGAGGAGAUCGAGCGCUUCGACGUCAGCGAGCACGCCGAACAGCUGGAGCAGCUCCAGGGCGGCGCGGAGGUCGAGGCCAUUUUGGAGAAGCAGAUUUUGGGGAUUCUGUGGAGGGAGAGCGACCUCAAGUCCUCUCACUUCCAUCCCCACCACAAGGGCGGCGCCAACGACCUUCUUUCUGCCGGUUACGGUGCGUACGAUUCCCCGAAUGAGACGUCGGUGAUCAAGAUGAGGCACAGCAGCCCCGUCCUGCCGCUUCCUGCCAACGUCACCGUCAAGCAGGAGUCGGAGGAUCACGCUUAAGUGACGUUUAACCCCAAAAGACACAGAGUUAAGACUCAAAGACUUCAUUGCCAGGAGCAACCGCUGUAAAUUCGUAAUUAUCUACCUGGUUCAGGAGUGACUUCCUGUUCGCACCAGGUCUUCAGGGACUCGCGUACUCGGGGCUCAAGAGACACUGUCCCAUGACUACUUAGCGUUUAUUAUACUUAGAGACAAUCAUCUACCCUUUAAUGUAAUUAAUAUAAUGCUAUUAUAAUUAUUGUUGUUGUAUUAUUUGGUCUCUAUUUUCAAAUGUUUUUAUUUUUUUGUUGAUCAAUUAGUUGUUAUAUAACCUCCUUAAUUUAUUAUACUUUUUAUUUGUUGUCUUCAAAAGCAAUAAGUGGAAGGGAUGGUUACACUGACGGGGUGAAAUCAAUGUAAAAUACUUGUAUUUUCUGUUUUUGUAUUUCUCUGUGGCCAUUUCUCUGUAGAUAGUCACUCUCUCUAUGCCUAUAUCUGUCCGUCAUGACACCUCUGACCUAUAGAACCAGGGGUGUCCACUCUUCAGGGUUGUAUCUAUUUAAGAUUGAGAAACCAAUAUUGCAGGUUAAAAAAAAGGGUUGAAAAACUUGCCAAAGUGCGGCACAUCAAUUUGUUAAUUUACCAAGAAGAGCUUUAUUUCAACCCUGCUUCAUAGCUUCCCUAAAGUAUAUCUGUGUCCUUUUUCUGAUGCCUACUUAAUUUAAUUUGAAACAAAAAAGGGCAUUUGUUUUGUAUAUUUUUCACAACGGUUACCUCAGUGUGCAUGUGAUGAUAUGAGAGUAUGUGUGUUUGUGAGUGUGUUUUUAAAGGGACAGCUAAAGGUGGGAGCUUUCUAUUUAUUUGCGUUUUUGCUACUUGAAGAAGAAGAAACCAAACUGAACUGGACUGCAGCUCUUGGCUUGGUCCAAACGAGGCGGCAACAUGUAGCACAUAAAGGACUCGGGAGGCUGGCUAGUCGCCGAGUCCUUCCUUUCGUUUUAUUUUUCUAACAACACUGUCAACCCCCCCCCCCCCCCCCCCCCCCCCCCC